AUGACGUGCAAAUACUGCCCGGCAUCUGAAGCCACCCCGAUCGUUCACCGUGACGUACGCUGCCUUUCCCAUCUAGCAAAGACCGACGGGCAAGGCAACUGCAAGCAUGUGCCUCCGGAUGUGCGCAGAGAAGCUGGGCGCUUGCUGAUGUUGAAAGCAGGGAUUGAGAAGGCUGUCUCAUCAGAUGAGGACGGUGACGUUGAGAUUGUUGAGGAAUCUGGUGUGGGGAAGAAGCAAAAGGGGAAGUCAGGGUCUGCCGUGGCAGUGAAACACCCGAUCGAUGCAUUCUUUGAUAGAGCAAUGUCAGAAGUGGAGACUAAUAAGGCAAACAUUCAGAUGUUGAGAUUCUUCAUUCACGGAAACAUUCCGUUCUCUGCUGCUGACAACCCAUUCUUUUGGAAAUGGGUUCAGACGUUACGUCCGUCUUACGGCCCUGCAUCUCGUUAUACACUACCUGAUUAA